CUGCUGUUGUUACUCAACCUACCUUACCCCCUUCUUCCAAUCCAGAAAGACACCUUGAUCACCUCCGCGUCCUCCCUCCCCCCAAGGACCAACCCGAUCCCCAACUCCUUCUCCGCGCGCCGAGAAAACCCCUCACGUCCAAACCACCCACCGACCCAACCUACACAUACACACACACACACGUACACAAAACCAAAAACCAGAAGAAAAAAAUGGACCAACUCGCCGAACUCCCCGGCCUCCUCAACACCUGGAAAGACAACUUCUUCCGCAACUCGAAAUCAGCCUUCACAACAAUGGACACACGCGCGUGGAUCCGCCUCGUCAUGAUCGUAGGAACAUACUGCCUGAUCCGGCCGUACCUAGUCAAGAUGGCCGGGCGGCACCAGCAGCGCCAGCACGAGAAGGCGAAUGCCAACAACGACGCUGCGGCCGAGGGCAUGAUUGAUCCGCGCACGGGCCGGCGCGUCGAGGCCGCAAACGUAAACGCAAAGGGGAAAGUUGCGAUUCCGGGUGUCGGGGACGAGAGCGAUGAGGAGGUCGAGGUCGGCGGCGUGUCGUGGGGGAAGAGCGCUAGGGUUAGGCAGAGGAAGUUUAUUAGGACGGCGGUCGAGAGGGAGGAACGGAGGUUGGAGGAGGAGGAUGCUGAGAGUGAUAAGGAGAUUGAGGAGUUGUUGGUUGGGUAG